GCGCAAAUCCGCAAAAAAAAAAACUACUUGCAAGCCAGUGUACUGUCAGCUGCUAAACUAAUGAACCAUGUGACAGAAGAACUAACGCGCGAUCAUGCGCUGUCCAAUCAUGCUGCUUCUUUAUUCCGGGAUUUAUUUUUGAAUCCGAGGAGUGGAAAAAACCCGACAUUGUUUCAGCAGCGCUGUGGAGUAAUAUGCCCUGUUUUUGUUUUAUUGUCUGAAUCUUAUAAUAUAAACAUGGACUUAGAUUACUUUUUCCGUGAAAUUAGUGGAAACGAAGAUCGUUAUCUGCAGUCACUGGAGCAGAUUUGUAGAAAGUAUUCAGCAAUAAAAGAGGAUUCAAUCAUUGUUGACUUGGAAACUAUGACCUGCCAGACACCAGAUGGUAUACUGCCUUGGGACGGUGAAGUAGUAUACAGCAAAGAGUUGAAGAGAAAGAAGUUACAUGACAAGCAAAAGAAAUGCAAGGAUUGUCCUCCUGGGGAGACCAAGGAAGGGAGUGUGGAUGGUUUCUGUCAGCCUGCGAGUGCCUCUGGAAAACAUGUCGCAGAAAAGCUAAAGGAUGCUGUAAAUGAUGAAGAGAUGAUGGGCAAUGACAGCAGGUAUUCAGAGAAUGAACAAGAUUCUGCCGAUGGACACUCUCUCCAGGAUUUACAAGAUGAGGAGACUACAGUUCAUGACUGUGACAUCAGGAUAUUGGAGGACACCAUGGACAACAGCAACUUUCUUCAGGAUCUGCACAGUGAUGAGAAAACUGUUAAUGAGGAUGACAGCAUGUCUUCUGAAACUGAACACGACUGUGUUGCUAGUAACCAGGAACAUUGCAGUGUUGAGACAGCAGGUGAUGACUGUAUGAUAUUGGAAGCUAGUCAAAACCCAGCUGAUAAUGAAACUCUUCAGGGUCCAAGUGGAGUUGGAGGUGUCCUUUCGAUGGAUGUCGGGAAACAGUACCGAGUUGAUGUUGACAUUUUGAUGCAAGAUGAGGAGGACCUGCCCGGCUAUGUUUUGGUUGACUGGGUGCAGAAAUCUCAACAAAGUCCAAACAAUUUUGAAAAUUCAAUGGGAUACCAUGGGGAAAGAAACAAAGAAAAUGCCUCUUUUGUUGUCACACCUGUUAAAGCACCUAAUCGAUUGAAACCUUUGGAGGAAACAUUUGAUGUAACUAAUGUGUCUGGAUUGGAGAGCAGUAACAGUUCCUCGGAUUCUUUCCUGGCUGACCUGUAUCCUGGAAUGGUGGCUAAAAUGCAGAACGUAAUAAAGAGGGAGUUAAGGGCACAUGCUGCAACUAAUGUGCUAAAACAUUAUCGUAAAAACUCUUGGUAUAGCAAUUCAAAGUCUUCCUUUUCCAAGGGUAUAAUUCGGAGAAAGAAGUCUAAAAGUAAACACAGCGAGACUGUAAUUCUACAAAAAGCUGAUCAUGCAUCCUCCUCUGAAGGCAUUGAUAUAGUUCAGUCUCCAAACCAGCUGGAUAAGGGGUCGCCCUAUAGAACCACGAUUGCAUCUUCAAAUGGCAAUGUUAGUUCUCUUGGGGGACAUUUCCGGCCUAGAGAUUCCUGUCUAACCAGUUCUUCAGCGGUUUUUGAAACCAGUCCCCAUGUAGUCUUUGCAGGUUCUCUUGGACAUAAAUCCCUGAGUGAAACUAAGAUUGCAUCCACUCCUCGUACACCAUUAAGAGAAUCAAUUAAAGCCUGUUCUGUGGGACAUGAACCCCUCUGUGAAACCUUGAAUGAUUCCUCUUACCAAACAUUACCUAGAGGGAGUCCAUACGUAACCAAUCCAAGUUCUUUGUCCAGUAAGCCACCAAGAGGGGACUCCUCUGAGGCUACAGCAAGUCCAUUUAGACAUGAAAUGGCCAGGAGAUCUCUUCUGUCAGCCAUGUCUAGUUCAGUCGCAGUUACACCAACAAGAGGCAGAUCCUAUGAAGCUUUUACAGUUGAAUCACCAAGAAGGGAGCUGCUUUCUGUCAAAAGUUCUAUGACUAUUAAACCAAUAAUGAGGAGACUCUGCGAACACAUUCAUAGCUCCCUUGUGCCAGGGUUACUCAAUGAAACCAUGAUUAUUUCUCCAAAAGAGAAAAUGUACAAUGCCAGUGAAAGUUUAGUUCAACUUGAAUCACCAAGAAGGUGUGUUUCUGCUAUGCCAAGUUCUUUGGUAGUUACACCAACAAGAGCAAGAUCUUUUGAAACCACGUCAAGAAGGGCACUUCUUUCUGCUAAACCAAGUUCUCCUGCAAUUUCACCAAGCAUAGAGAGAGUGAUGCAGUGUUCUGUUGGUAAUGAACUGCUAGGAUGUGAACCUUUGUCUGUUGCAGUUAAUCCAGCAAGAGAGAGAUCGUGUGUGGCUUCACAAACAGCAAACUCUGCUGCUAUGGAAAAUGUGGUGCUAAGACCAAAAGGCGCUUGUCGUUUACUAAGAAGGAGUCAUUCAUAUUCAGGAUUAAGCCAGAAAAACAGCGGAGUGAACAAAGAAUUUGCAAGCCUUUAUCAAAGGCUGUGUUCCCCAAAAGGCAGCAAUAGUUUGCUAAAGGAAGCUGGUAGAAAUGAGCGAAUAUCUUUUUCUCCCAGUUUUAGAGCUGUGAAAAGACCAAGUUCUUGUUAUCCAUGUGAAGCCAAAAGAGUCUGUGGUGAAUUUGAAGCAGUCAGUUCCAUGAAGACUUUGCCUCAAAAUGGCAGUUAUCACAUGCAGCAGAACAACUCUCCAAAGUCAUCCCCCAUUAGGAGCAAUACAGGGAGUAUUCUAAGACCUCGUGUGGCAAGUGCUUGGGAUGCAAUGAAAUACAGAUCCUCAUUAAGAAAAACCCACUCGUAUUCUAGCUUACAGCAUGCUGAACUCCAAACAAGCCCAUUGAAGAUUACUCAGAUACCUGAGAAUUAUACUUCUGUAGUUGGCGGUGGACAUAAGCAAUCCCCUUUGAAAGUGAUACAUGGUAAAGAUGGUAUAAUCUUUGUAAAGCUGCAGAACACUGUUUCGCCAAUGAUUCCCUCUUCUAAACUCUUUUAAAUUGCUCCCGUCACUUUAAUCCGUUAACCCGCCUACUUUUUAGUUAUUCAGCCAAUCAAAAAAUCUAAAUCAUAAGCCUACAGCUCCUGCAUCACAGUACAAUGGUUGUAGUUGCAUCUACUGUAGUCUGAAAUAAGGAGGGUAUUGCCGUAAAAAAAAAAAAAAAACGUUAAAUUAAUAAAAAAUGAGCAAUAGUUGAAACUGAGGCAGAUGCACUGGUUUUGACUGAAGCCACCGAGACUGCUCCCAGUCAACAUUGAGUUCCCAGUUCACGCCAGGCUGCAAGUCUUCUUCAACUUCAAUCAACACAAGUAAGCGAGAGUGUGAUGACUAAAACGGAUGCUCUUAAAGACAGCAGAAAAUGUAACUCUGGGAAGAUGAGGUGUUUUUUUUUUUUUUUUUUUUUGUUACGGAGUUAACAAAUAAAGCCACCUGUAUGGUUUGUCAGUCAUGAAACGGAGCAAUCUGGAAUUGCACAACUGUUAUAAAGAAACUGAAAGCUUCCCUGAAUUACCAGGAGUAGUUGUUAACUCAAGCAACAGAGCAGGAAUCUAUAGUUACUUAAGUGUCUUCAAAUUUUAUAGGGAUUUUAUGUAAACGUAAAAAUAAUAGUGGUGGUAAUUUGGAAUUCUGGUUUAAAGUACUUGAUGAAAAAUAUCCCACAUUGGUAUUCUGUGCUUUUUAAGGGACUGUCAAUUUUCGGUAGCAUGUGUGUGCUGAGCCAGCUUUUUGGCAAUGAGCUCAAUGAAGAACAAGCAGAGUAACAUACUGCGACACAACCACCAGCAGCAUUGCCUGCGUGCCGCAACCUCAUCCUACCAGCCAUGUUAUCAGAACAUUACAAGCAAGUUCACUCGUUUCCAAAGUUCAAACAAAUAAGGAUAAUUAAAAAAAAAAAUGUAUUCCGUUUUAAUGUUUGGGGAUUAGGCGGUUAUAAUAUUUACAUGUGGCCCGCCAGUGAUCAGAGUUAGGUAUGUGGCCCGCCAGAAUACUUUAGUGGGGAACACUGCUCUAGAGUAAAUCAUCAUGUGCUAAUCUCAAUUUAAAAAAAUCCACUUCAGCCUUUAAAGGAAACUCAACAUACAAGUGAAUUGAAAGGUGUUAUUUUUAUUUUUUAUUUAUUUAUUUUUUUACACACAGAUGUUUUGGUCAGGUGUGUUACAGAAAUACUUGUUGAACUAAUGGGAUAUUCUGAAACUCUUUCAGGGCAUCCAGACUGCUGACCUAUCUUUUGUCCUGUGUGAAAAUGUGGAAUAUGCCCCCCCAAGUGUAUGUGGAAAGUUGUUUUAAAUUUGUUUUAAAUGUUUAUACAGUACCAACAUAAAUUCUGGAAGCAGCAAAUGAUUAACAGCAAGGCUAGUGGUGUUGCCAGUUUUUCCUUUCAGCUCAGACCGCUUGAUUCCUAAAUGCCUUGGGUCUGUGAAUAAUCAUCUCUCUAAAAAAUAUGGAAAAGAUUUUAAUGAGCCAUCUCAAGUAUAAUAGUGCCCCAAAAUGUUUUCCUUUUUGGGAAGUUUGUUGCCGGAUAACCUCACUGACUAUUUGCUCACUAAAUAUCUCGGUAUCCAUGAAUGGAAAAUUUAGUUUUAAAAAUAAGCAAAAUAAUCCCGCAAGUGACAGAUUAUGUGUUUUUAAUGGAGACAAGGAACUAUUCAGGGAUACCAAUAUAUUUGGUGAGCAAGUAGUCUGAGUGAAGGAGGUUAUAGCUCCCCAUUCUCAGAGACACUUGAGAUGCUUUGAUCUUGAAAAUAUUUUGCAUCUUUUUUUAAGAGGUGGUUAUCUAUUCAGGGUGACCAGUGUGUUUUAAUGUGUGAGUGAGGGGGGGGGGGGUAAAUCGGCAAUAGUCAUCACUCUGCGUUCUAGAAGUUCAUUUUGUUUCCAUAACUUUGUGCCAGUAUUGUAUGCAAAUCAUUGUUGUCCAGGUCAACUGGAAACGUGUCAUUCUCUGACCUGUUUGUUUAGUUAGGGUUGUUAAUAACUUGUUUGUUUCUAUAUGUGUAAAUGGAUUCAUUGAAGAAAAAAAAAAAGUUUAACCAUUUAUAUUUUAGUGAGUGGUAAUCACAGUGUGAAAGGUAGAAUGGAAAGGGGUUUUAUUAUUGUUUCUUUUUUUCACACUGAGACUUGCUUUUAAAAAGUUUAAGCUCAUUAUGUGUAUUUUUCAAAUACAGUGGUAUAUAUUCCUGGUACCAAACUGCUUCCUGUAAAUCUGGUCUAAAACACAGGAAGUCAUCAAACUUAAUAGUGAAAAAAAAAGAAAAAAAAAAAAAAAAAAAAAAAAAAAACUGUAUUAAAGAGACAAACAGUCUGAGAUAUUCAGCACCUGAAAACAGGAAAUCUAUUGACUUGAGUAAAGUAUUCAGGUACGAUCAUUACAACCCCAUCACUGUGGAUAAUAGACGUAGAUUAAUUAAUUGUUGUUAGUCACAAACCUUGUAAAUUGUAGUUUUAAUUUCACACCAAAAUAUUUAAAGAAUGCCAUUUGUUUUUUAAAUGUUAUAUUUCAAAAGUUGCCUUUUUAUAUUUGAAGAUGUUUCAGAAGAUCUUGUUAAUGUUUUUGUAGCAUGUUAUUAUGUGGAAAUUGUUUCCCUAAAGCUGUAACUUAAAGCUGUUAAAUCUGUUGGAACCACAUCCCGUGAGAAGGCAAUUAACAGUUGAAUCUGUUUGGGUUCAUCAAGAUCUGAAAAGAUGCCAAGUUUAUUAUAAAUCUGAUUUUUAUUAAAUACAUUUAAAUAAGACUGGCACACGUGUGUAUCAGUUGCUUUAAUACCUGUACAAAUUCUCAGUUCUCAUCUGUAAAAAAAGCAGAACAUAUUGUAGCCAUCCUGGUGGCACAGCCUCUGCAAUGCAAGCAGCUGAAGUAGUGUGAAGGGUUUUGGAACAUGUGCUGCAUCUGCACAAAGGGAAAUAGAUCUUUCGCCCCUGUGGUUUGUUGAGUUUAAAACUUGCCUUAAUAAAUGUUCCCUGUUGUGAGAUGUUGUGGACUAGUUUGUUAGUUUACAGGACUGUGAAAUUGCUUGUACUCUAUAUUGUGUACCAGAUAUAUGCAUAUGCUCGUGGUGUUUUUUUUUUUUUUUUUUGAGGGUAGUAAUUGCAAUCAUUAAAAAUAAAAAAAACUACAAAGUGCAGAAAACAUGAUUUAAUGGAAUACAUUGGGGUGUGCCAGAAGAUAAUCUGCAACGCUACUUACCCAGGCAAGUCCAAUCAUUAGUUUCAUGGUAAUGCCAGCAGACUCAAAUUCUGUUUAAUGAACUAUGAAACAAUACAACUGGUUUCAUUUGAGAUGGGCACUUGUAGAAUAUUUGGACCCAGAUAUUCUUGUGUAUUUAAAAAGUCAAGCACAUGGCCCUUUUAAGUUUUUUUUUUACAGUUCUGUUUUUUUAUUUUAUCAGGAAAAUGUAACUGAGACAUAACUUCCCAAUUACAAGGGUAUCCUGGGUGCAUCACAGCAUGCAACAGCAGCAUACAGCUAUACAAUCAUUUAGUACAAUCAAACAUCAUGGGAAAUAAACAAAUAGCAGUUCAAUUAAAAAAAAUAAAUAAAAAAGAAAUUCAACCUGUCGUUAGAUGACGCUCAAAUCGUCACUAAUCUUGACUUCUACCAAGUGCUAAAUUUGCCUUUGCGGGCUUGUGGAAGAAAACUGGUUGAUCUCCAUUGUGUUUUGGUGACCCCUACUGGUCAGACUAGUCCCUGUUUCUUAAGUAGGUGAAAUACCAUUGCCUUGACCGAGGCAGCUGUGGUGAGGCAACCUUUUCAAUUGUUGAGGAAUACUCCAGGUGACUCGAGUGCUACCUUUUUACAAAAAUGUUUUCAACUACAUUUUAUUUUCAACAGGGCUAUUUCUUGCUCCAGAUUUAGGCUGAGCAAACCUUAUUGUACAGUACCCUGACAUUGGAAUGAGAACUUCCAAGUCAGGAGCUCCUAGAGACUUAGAUGGGAACCAAUUGAGGCCUUUUCCCAAAGGUGUCAUAAAUGUUGUCAAUGUAACAAAAACAACAUAUAAUGUCCUUAUUUGACUGGUUCAGCGCAAGCCUCCCCGUCUAGGUCACAAGAGUAAUAAACAGGCUUCACAGAAAGAAGUUUGUUUGCCUCCAGCUGAAAAUGCUUUUAACAAAUAAACUAGAAAGCCAGCUAGGUCUGGUUUCUUAGGAAGUACAGUACAGUGAACUGGACAAAUGUACUGGUUAUAUUAAUGAUGUCAUGCCAACAAUAGGUAAAGAUCAUUGUCAGAUCAACCAUUAAAUGUAGACUAGCUAGGCACCAAACUCGACUAGAAGCAAAUAACUCAUGCAGGUGCUGCACAGAAAAUGGGCAUCCAGUGUAGUGCACAGUCCCCUUGUAUUGCAUCCAAAUUAGGUGAGGAGUCAACAUUGCAGUAAAACUAACCCACAACUAGCACAAACACGUCAAAGCAUACUUACAGUACAUAUUUAAAUGCCAUUUUUCGUGAGACAAUGUUAUUACAGUUGCAAUCUAGAUAAAACUAUUAAAAAAAUAAAUACAAUUGCCAUGAGCAAUAAUGUUACAAUCUAGUAAGCAGAACUAGUACUAGCAGAAUAUCUUAAUGUUUGGUUACGGAUCACCUCAGCCUCACAAUGGUCAUUCUCCAUUAAGUAAAUGCCCUUUCAAUGUAUUACAGCAUUGGACUCUAAGCUGAAACCCUCGCUCUAACUGAAACGUUUAUACAGCAGUUGUUUGUCAAACAGUACAAAAAAACCCCUCAAAUUGUGUCUUCAUACACUUUUUUGAUACAUAUUGUAAUUGCUAUCUGAAAAACACUGUCUGCUUCAUAAACAAUGUGUGUCUUUUGUUAAUUAACCUUGCAUUUGGUGAAUUAUUUAAUUAUUUCGCAAGUAAAGCCAGUACUGUUAGAUAUUGAUAUAUUCCUAAUUUGAUCACCUUUCCCUAUUGUAGGAGUUGUCAAGCCUCAUUUUUCAAAGCACCUGCUAUGAGUACAACUGUAUAACCAAACCAGAAUGUGGUCACACUAAAUGGGAAGCAACCACAAUAAGUGCACGAUAU